GAUAUGAUCCAGAUCUAUACGUGAAUAACUUUGGUUAGUCAGAGUGAACAUUCAAGAAUGAGUGGUGCAGCUUUGGGACUCGAAAUUGUUUUUGUCUUUUUUCUGGCAUUAUUCCUACUUCAUCGAUAUGGAGACUUUAAGAAACAGCACCGACUUGUAAUUGUGGGAACUCUGCUUGCUUGGUAUCUCUGCUUUCUCAUUGUCUUCAUACUGCCUCUGGAUGUUAGUACGACAAUAUACAACCGGUGUAAGCAUGCAGCUGCAAAUUCAAGCCCUCCUGAUAAUAGCAACACUACGGGACUAUAUGCCACUGCUGCCCCAGUUCCAAGACAACAUCCAUGUUUCAAGCCAUGGAGUUACAUUCCUGAUGGAAUAAUGCCAAUUUUCUGGAGGGUAGUAUAUUGGACAUCACAAUUCUUAACAUGGAUUCUAUUACCUUUUAUGCAGUCAUAUGCAAGAUCGGGAGGGUUUUCUAUUACUGGAAAAAUCAAAACUGCACUGAUUGAAAAUGCAAUCUACUAUGGUACCUAUUUGCUGAUAUUUGGAGCAUUUUUAAUUUAUGUAGCUGUAAACCCACGUUUGCAUUUAGAAUGGAACCAGCUUCAGACCAUUGGGAUAGCUGCUGCAAAUACAUGGGGUCUGUUUCUUCUUGUGUUGUUGUUGGGAUAUGGCUUGGUAGAAAUUCCUCGGUCAUACUGGAAUGGAGCAAAAAAGGGUUAUCUACUUAUGAAGACGUAUUUUAAGGCAGCCAAACUGAUGACAGAGAAAGCAGAUGCAGAAGAGAAUUUAGAAGAUGUCAUGGAGGAAGUUCGUAAAGUGAAUGAAAGUAUCAAGUACAAUCACCCACUGAGGAAAUGUGUUGAUACAAUACUUAAAAAGUGCCCUACAGAGUAUCAAGAAAAAAUGGGUAGGAACAUGGAUGAUUAUGAAGAUUUUGAUGAAAAGCAUAAUACCUACCCAAGUGAAAAAAGUCUGGUAAAAUUGCAUAAACAGGUGAUUUACUCAGUUCAGAGGCACCGUCGAACUCAAGUACAAUGGCAAAUUCUUUUGGAACAAGCAUUUUAUCUAGAAGAUGUAGCAAAAAAUGAAACCAGUGUUACUCAUCAAUUUGUUCACACCUUUCAGUCACCAGAACCAGAAAAUCGAUUUACCCAAUAUUUUUAUAAUCCUACAGUUGAAUGGUACUGGGAAUGUCUUUUGCGACCGUGGUUUUACAGGAUACUUGCGGUGGUUCUGUCCAUCUUCUCCGUGAUUGUUGUGUGGUCAGAGUGCACAUUCUUUAGCACUUCUCCCGUCUUAUCCCUCUUUGCAGUCUUCAUACAGCUGGCAGAGAAAACAUACAAUUAUAUUUAUAUUGAGAUUGCUUGCUUCCUUUCUAUCUUCUUCCUAAGUAUCUGUGUUUAUUCUACUGUGUUCAGGAUUCGUGUAUUUAACUAUUAUUACUUGGCUUCCCAUCACCAGACUGAUGCUUACAGCCUUCUUUUCAGUGGCAUGCUAUUUUGUCGUUUGACUCCUCCUUUGUGUCUUAAUUUUUUGGGUUUGACCCAUAUGGAUUCAUCUAUCUCUCACCAGAAUACUCAGCCAACUGCUUAUACAUCUAUUAUGGGUUCCAUGAAAGUUUUAUCCUUUAUUGCAGAUGGAUUCUAUAUAUAUUAUCCUAUGUUGGUGGUAAUUCUCUGCAUUGCUACUUAUUUUAGUUUAGGAACCCGUUGUUUGAAUCUGCUUGGUUUCCAGCAGUUUAUGGGCGAUAAUGAUAUGACAUCAGACUUAGUUGAUGAAGGAAAAGAAUUAAUUCGAAGAGAGAGGAGAAAAAGGCAAAGACAAGAAGAAGGCGAAAAUCGAAGACGAGAAUGGAAAGAACGGUAUGGACAUAAUAGAGAAAAUUCCACUAGGAACAGAAAUGUUCAUUCUGACCCAAAAGAGUCAAACUUCUCAGAUGUUAGCACCAACCGGUCAGCAUCUAAAUAUACCAGGGGUAAUAAUAGAACUGAAAGGGACCGAAUAGAACUUCUCCAAGAUGCAGAACCUUUGGAUUUUAAUGCAGAAACAUUCACUGAUGAUCCUCCUGAAGCUGAAUCAGGAAGGUAUCAGCCUGGUGGACGAUACCUCUCCAUGUCUACCAGGGGAAUAUUUGAUGAUGUCUAAAGUCUGAAAAAAUUUACAGAAUGAUUAACCAAGGUCAACACAUCCGUUCAGUCUCUGACCAUCUGUGUGUCAUAGGAUUUCCUCUAUACGCUCAAUGAAAAGUGUGAGGAUAACAAAACAGGCAUCUUAGUAAUAAUCAUUUGUUCUUCAUUGACUAUAUUAUCUUUUCUGAUAGGAUUUAUCACAUACCAUUUUUUAAGUGUCUGCCUUAGAAGGUCAGUAACAGUGAAAGAAUUUAAUUCAUGAUAAAGACCAGUAUAUGUGGAGAACAUGUAGUUUAAUUUAUUUCAGAUUAGUUUUUUUUUUUCCUUUAGGGGAGUUAUUUUAAAGGCCCAAGGAAGCAACAAGUUAUACUAAAUAAUGUUAUACAGUUUUAUAAUUGUGCUUUAGAUUUUUGCUGUUUCUGAAAAAUAUGUUCAACCUAUAUGUCCCAAAGAAAUGUGAGUGUAAAUCUCAAAUAAUUACCAUCUUCACAAAACUCAUGUCUUAAAACAAAGCUUAUUUACCAAACAUAACUGAAUGUAAAAAGCUCUACUUCAAAUCUGCCUACAAAUUACUGGGAUCUUUUGCAUGUAUAUUAUGAUCAUACUUCAAAUGAUAGCAUUAGUGUCUUUAGCAUGUAGACUAUAAUCAGUUGAUUCAGUCCUUUCAGAAACUGGAUUUUUUUUUUUUAUGCUUUGGUAUUGCUUUGUAAAAGAUUUUUAUUU